AUGGGCGCCGUCCGUGCUUGUCGCCCCCGGGGCGUCGCCCCUGCUCGUCGCGGCGCCCCCCUGGGCGACGUCCCUGCUCGUCGUGACGCCCCCGCGACGUCGCCCCUGCUCGUCGCGGCGCCCCCUGGGCGCCGUCCCUGCUUGUCGCGGCGCCCUCGGGGCGUCGCCCCUGCUCAUCGCGGCGCCCCCCUGGGCGCCGUCCCUGCUCAUUACGGCGCCCCCGGGGCUCGGUCGGCGCGGCGUCUGCCCCUAGCGGGAGACGACGCUCUAGCAAGGGCAAGGGGGGCAAGGGUGCGGGUGGAGCUGGAGGGGGCGGUGGAGGUGGCGGUAGAGGCGGCGGAGGGAGUGGGGGUGGCGGCGGGAGUGGUGGAGGGGGUGGUGGUGGUGGUGGCAGCGGCGGCGGAGGCGGCGGUGGUGGCGGCAGCGGUGGUGGUGGUGGCAGCGGUGGAGGUGGAGGCGGCGGAGGAGGCGCAGGAGGAGGCGGUGGUGGCGGAGGGGGUGGAGCUGGUCGGGGAGGGUCACGAGCGCUAA